GUUACGAUGUGCUCGUUUGUCAAAGAUUCCGGUGUGACGCCGAGUAGUGUUGUGGUGGUUAGGUACAAGUAUAAGUAUCUGCUCAUCGAAUCUGGCGGCCGUGGUUCGCACUCCCAUUUCUUCUCAAAUCGCCGAUUUCGUCAACGGGUCUUCAACCACGAGUUCGACCGCAACCAUAUAUCAUCUUUACUCACCCAACCUUCUCCUUCAUCGCCAUAAUGGGCUUAAUCCAAACAAGCAUCAUGACCGGUGGCAUGAUCUACGCCGUCAACAAACUCACCAAGACGAUUGAACAACGCCAAGACUCCAACAACUCCAGCAAGACAUACCGCGACAACAAUUCUCAGGCGCAAGGAUAUUGGGGUGGUCCACCAUUACCCCGAGGACCGCCAUACAACUCCAACGAAGAAGAACCUCGAUGGUACCCAGCGGAUGAAAACACAAGAGCUCCUCCAUACAGCCCUCCUGAAUACGUCCCCGAGAAGCCGCGCUGGAAGGCAGACGAGUCUCAACCCAAGUCAUCUUCUCGCUACCCGUCCCAGCCACUCCAGCGCUAUCUUCAAGCACCUUCAGAGCAUGAGUUUGCUGGGAGGAAUAACCAGAGACGAAUUUCGGGCCUGGAAAGUCUGGCGGAUUUGGCAAUUGGAUUUGUGGAUAAGGGAGGUAGUUCCAGAAGCGGAGGGAGUUCCAGAGGGGGAAGUAGUUCGAAAGGGAGAAGCUCGGGUACUCACCGAAAGAAGAAAGGACGGAAAUAAGAAUAGAGAAAUG